AUGUCGAUGUCUGCAGGCAGCUGCCACUACAUCAGAGGAACCUAUGAAUGCAGGCUAUUAGGAAAAAGCAAUUCAGUUUACAUUCAGUCUGGAACCUUCAUUGCUUCAUCAGCCCCUAAGAUCGAUGUGAUCCCAUUCAACCAAAAAGUGCAAUGUUUUGACGAUGUACCACUGGUCUGCUCAGUCAACAGUCCCUUUACCGUGACGUUUGAGGGCCAAACAGGCCCGAAAGUCACCUCAUCAUUUAAAGUUCCUGACACCUGCACAAAUGGAGGUGUCAAACAGUUCAUCUGUACAACAAACACAACACCAGUAUAUAAACAAACAAUAACACUGCAAUACAGCACAGAAAUUGUUGUAUGUUAUAAUGAUACAUUUGGUGAUGGACCUGAAGGCUUUGUGAGUUCAGUCCUCUGUACCGGAGACUAUGUCGGCAUAAAAACAGCAAAGUGUUUUGCAAAUGGCAAAUAUGGAGAUGAACAAAACAACUGCAUCCUUUCACGUAUUAGUGAUCUGCUUCAAGAGUCUUUGGUUUUGAAUUCGCUCACACUACCAGCAUUCUUGGAGGAAUUCAGUAAUGUGACUCAAAACUAUACUGACCAAAUAGCUCAAUCUGCAGCUACCAUAUAUGCCAUUGUUGAGAUUCUCAGAAAUGUCGCAAGCAGAUCUUUGUCAUCAUCUUUUAAUAUAACUGAAAUUUCCACAAAGCACAUCCUGGAAGCCACCGGUGUUCUCACUAUUAACAAAGCAAAGAGUUCUUGGGAUUUUAUCAACCAAAACGAUACUAAAAAUAACUUGGAAGGAAACAGUAAACCUGGGAUGGAAAGUGCCAGCUCUUCAUUGUUGGCAUCUUUGGAGAAAAUUACAACCCGUGUUGUUGAUGAUACUUUUAACAUCAACACAACUUACAUUAUCUUGGAUAAAAGCAAACUCAAUAACAAUUUCAAUGGAAACUUUAGUUCCUCACUUGAAGUAGACAUACCAGAACCUGGUGAAACAAACAAAUUUAUAACUGUAGUAUUAUUUGCUUCUAUGGAUAAUGUACUCCCUACAAGAGAUGACACCAAUUCAUCAUCCAAAACCAUCAAUGGGAAGGUUGCACUUAUUAGGCCACAAACCACCAUCAAUAACAUCACAUUAACAUUUGAGAUAAUCAACAAUACACUAGUAGAUCCUAAAUGUGUUUUCUGGGACUUCACCCUUUCUGAUGGUCUUGGAGCCUGGAGCAGCGAAGGCUGUUCAUUGACAAUUCAUGCAAAUGAAACUGUCAGCUGCAACUGCAACCAUACCACCUCAUUCUCUAUUCUGAUGUCACCGUACACCCUGAGAGACCCUGUACUGGACUUCAUAACCUACAUUGGAGUUGGCAUAUCCAUGGGUUCCUUGGUCAUAUGUCUCAUCAUUGAAGCUAUCGUAUGGACAAAAAUAUCAAACAAUUCCACAUCCUACCUGCGUCACGUUGCCACAGUUAAUAUUGCUGUGUCUCUACUGAUUGCAGACAUUUGGUUUAUUGUUGGAGCUGCAAUUUCAAGUGCAGAUGUAAAAAACCCACCAGCCUGUACAGCAGCAACCUUUUUUAUACAUUUUUUCUAUCUCGCCCUGUUCUUCUGGAUGUUAGCCUCAGCCCUACUGUUGCUCUACCGCACAGUCAGUGUCUUUGAUGGAGGAUUGUCUAAAGCAGCUAUGUUGAUUAUUGGAUUCUGUUUAGGAUAUGGUGCACCACUUAUCAUUGCAACAAUUACCAUAGCUGUAACUGCACCCUCGGAUGAAUACAUCAGAGAAAAUACUGUCUGUUGGCUCAACUGGGACCAAUCCAAAGCUCUUCUGGCUUUUGUGAUCCCUGCACUUGUGAUUGUGGUGAUAAACCUUGUAAUCCUGUGUAUAGUGCUCUACAAAAUAUUGAGGAGGAGAGUUGGAGGAAAUGCUGCACAUGCAGGUGAAAGGCAUGUCCUGAUGGUCAUUGCAAGGAGUUUGGCUGUGCUCACACCAUUUUUUGGAAUAACUUGGGGAUUAGGAAUUGGAAUCUUGAUAGAGCCCACAAACAGAGGAAUCAACAUCACAUUUGCACUCUUUAACUCACUGCAGGGUUUCUUUAUUUUGGUGUUUGGAACUCUUUUGGACAGCAAGGUGCGAUCAGGAUUAGUAAUAAAGUCACUGACAUCUCAGGGUGGGACAAGGAGCACCAGUGGUGGGAAAUCAUCCAGUGGUCUGGAAAAUUUACUACGGAUAUUUAAACGAGGAGGAGGUUCUUCAGGUGGCUACAAUGUCAGCUCCAAUGUAUCCAGUGACUCAUAUUCCAACACUUGAUAGUUUGUGGGAACAACUCUGGAAAGACAACCAACCAAGAAACACAGUCUCUUACCUUUUGAAAAAGUUAUAACAAUUCUUGACAUAUGUUAUGUCCUAAAAAUAUCUUCUUUUUUUGUGGAUUUUCAACAAACGAAGGAAAGCUUUAUUGUUUGAAAGUGGCUAAAAAUAUUUCAGACAAGAAACAUGUUUUCAUGUUUUUUUUAAUGUACAGCAUUGUAGUAGUACUUGUUUUUAACUUCUUCAUUGGCUCAUCUUAAAUGAGAAGGUUGUAUUUGAUUUGAGGAAAAUAUUGCAUGAUUUGUAAAAGUGAAGAUAUAUAUUUUUUACAAUUUUUUGGUAUAUAUUUAUUAUCUUAUUAAAAAUCUAAGUCAACAAAGGUCACUGAAAUGCUGAAAGAAAUAUCUAAAACUGAUAAGCAAUAAAAAAGGAAACAUAGAUAAAAGAAAAUCAAACAUUGAUUUUAAAUUUUAGUUAAAAUUAUUUUUAAAAGAAAAACUAUUCAAACUGGUCGUGACAAAAAAGGAUGAUACACUGAACUUAAUAUUUUGUUGCACAACCAUUUAAAGGCAAUCAGACGAUUUCUGUAAUUCUCUGAGAUUCUGUAUUCGUCCACAAAUAUUUUGUCCCACUUCCUAUGAAAGCCCUAGUUGUCUAAGGUUUAAACGUUUCAGCCCCUUCGACAGAUGUUUGAUGGUUUGUUUUUGGGUGUAUUUAGCUGUGUGUUUUGUCAUUAUCCUGUUAGAGGACACAUGACUUGUGACUAAUGCCAAUAUUUCUGACUCUGGCUAAUAYAUAUUUAUCCAAAAUGCAUUGAUAACAGUUCAAGUUAUAUUCAAAAUGAUUAAAUUACGCAACAUCAUACAAGACAAAAUUUUGAUAGAAAUGUAGAAACARAUCUAUUAAUACAAAAUAAAACCGUAAAUAAAGUUUCCCAAGAAACKAAUAAGGACACCAGAGAAAUAUGACAGAGUAUGAGGUUUCAUUGCAGUCAGAUUCAGUAAAAUAACUCCAGACAAUAAUUAUGACUUCUCCAUAUUUCACUGUACUGUGUCUCUGUCUGUAAACUGAUGUGAUUUGUUGUCGAAACGUUUUAUUUUGUCUCAUCUGUUGAAUGGAUAUUCUCCCAGAAGGUUUGUGUUCUCAGAACUUUUUAUCUGCUCUGUCAUCUUCCAUUAAAUCCAUGUUGGGUUAAAAAGCAACACAUGGUGCGAUCUGACACUAAUGUAGUAACUUGACCUUUGUAUCACCUCUGAUGUCUCUGGAAGUUGUUCUGGUUGUUUGGUUUCCCUUUGUCAAAGCCUUCUCUUUAAUUUGUCAUCAACUUUUCACUUCCGCUUCUGAACAAUCUGUGGCGCUGUGGUUGACUUUAUCUUUAAUGUAUGUCCAUUUUUUUGUGUGAGCUCCUGAAACAACUCUGUCUUGAACUUUCUGUCACCUGUCUUCAGUGUGAAACACACCAUGUCACAUUGUCUACUUUUCAUCAGACAGACAGCUUGAUUACAAGCUUGAUGACACCUCAGGUGAUGCUGAUUACAGGGUAAACCUCAGGUUAACAUGUUCCAGUCAAACUAGUUUCACUCUUUUCUGGGCUUAUUUGGUGUUAAGACCAGCUAAAUUCAAAAUUUAUGUGCUCCUAUACAUUGUCAGUUACCCAGCACAGGAUUCAGAACCAAUGGCUUACCUUUUUUUUUGUCGAUUUCAAGUUAUUUCAGUGACCUUUGUGGAUUUUCUGUCUAAUAAAAUGGUGCCAACAAAUUUGUCUGUGCUUUUACUUUGCAAAAUAACUGUACACUUUCUUUUCACAGAAUAUAUAUUCAUGUAUGCAUGCAAUAAGCUGAAGCUUUCAUUUUUAUUCACAUAGAGGUUAAUGUUUAGUUUUUUCUUCCUAUUUUAUAUGUUUUUAUUUAACCACUUACCCACAGUGCUCAACGUUCACACACUCUUGAUCUAUAAAUUUGACCUAAUAUUAUGUACUUUGUGCAUUUGCUUUGUGUAGCACAGCAUAGUUAUGUUUGUAUUGUAUAAAGGUUGUUUUUUUUUAUUUAAAAGUUAUUUUCAUGCUAAAAUAAGAUGUAUAUGUUUUACUUGAUUUGGCUUUUUGUUAUGAAAAAACAUGAUUUUACAUACGACAUGCAUUUUUUAGGCUACACCUGUAUAUACAGAAUGUUUAUUUUUUGUGCAUGUUCAGGGAACUCCAGAAUAGAUUAACUCUUUUUUCAGUAUCAAUAAGGUUCCUUUAAGAGAUGUAAACAAGCAACAUAGUUUUACAGAUGUCACUGGCAAAUCUGAACAAUUUUUAUAUUGUAACAGAUACAGUAAUCUAAAAACGCCACAUCCAAACUCAUUUUUWUGCCUUUAUUCUUAGUAGCAGUUUACUGAUUUUUAGUUAAAACAGUCCCAAUAUUUUUGAUGAUUGUACGUAAAUAUUAUGCAACUUUUUUUACUGGGAUUUUGUAUUAUUGCUUUUUUGUUAUCAUUCUGGUCUUUUGUUUGUAUGAAUGUGUUUCAGUUCUGAUUUUUAGCUACACCAAUUUUUUUAGAUGUCUUAAUGUUUUUACUGAAUGGUUAACAUUGCAGAUUCAGCAGCUAUUAAGCUGUGAUGUCUUUUGUAAAAAUGUUAUUAUUUAAGUUCAUUCCAACAACAUAUAAAUUAUAUAUAUUUUUAAUUUGUAAAAAAAAC